CUUCACCAUCAUCCUCCCUCUCUUCCUCUUCUUCAUCACCUAUCUCCACAUCUACCUCUUCAUUAGCAACACCAUCAUUCAAUAACUGAUCUUCAUCUAUCGCGCCAUUCCCAUUAUGUCGAAGUUUAUCAUGUAAUUGCUUAGACUGAUCAUAUGACUUCCAUAUUCUAUUAUUCAAUGAUUCUAAUUUAUUCAUCACUAAUUAUAAUAGCACUUGGCUCUAUUUCUAACUGUAAACAGUGUGGUUAAAUAUUUAUUCUCACAAAAAUUCAAUUCUCUCACUACAAAAAAAAAAUUUAGCAGCUCUUCUCAAAAUGAUAUUCACAACCAACUCAUAUAACUAACUAAUCAAACCACACACACAAGAUGGCCAAAUCAAAGGUCAAGGUCAAAGAUGACAUACCCACAUCAAAGAGAAUCCACAUAGGUAACAUCUCCCCCAAAUUAUCCGAUAAACCAGAAUCAUUAACGUCUAGAUUUGAAAAAUUUGGAAAGAUUGUAACUCCAUUAGAGUUACGUACCAAACCUUUGAAUGAUCUUUAUUUUGGAUUCAUGACGAUGGAACUUACUCAAAAGAAUUGGGAGAAUUUAAAACGAUCAUUGAAUGGGAUUUUAUUCAUGGGAUUGAAAUUAGAUAUUAAUCUUGCUAAACGUGGGAAUUUCGAACAUGAAUGGGAAAGAGAUGCUAAAAGAGUUGAUCGUAAGAAAGAUGAUCGAAUUAAACAAGAGAAUAUCCAAAGGGCCAGAAAUGUCAGAAUCGCCGAAUCUCAAAGUUUAUACCCUAUCAACCCUAUAACUCAAAUGAAAAUCACCAAUCCUUUAGUAUCAAAUGUAUCAGGAUAUCAUAAAUCAGAACAUACUUUCAAUAACCUAUCGGGAAACACCAAACAUAAACCUCCAACCCAUAGUUUAAAAGGGUUAACAUCAUAUUCAGCUCAUACCAUCCCUACGAAAUUGAUCAACUCUCGAUUUUCAAAUGUAUCAGGUAAAGUUGAAUUAAUCAAAGGUCGUCAUAGAGUUACCAAACGUUCAGCAUCAGUAUUUAUUAAGAAAUUACAAACGAUGAGGAUCUUAAUUAAUGGAGAAGUCAAACAGAUUAAAGCUUUCAAGACGAAAUUAUGGGGGAUAGAGAAGAAUAAAACCGUUAAUGAUUUAACUUGGAGAUUCAAUAAUGGUGUUUGGAAGAGUGGUGAUGAUCAUAAUAUAGAGAUAUUAAAGCCUCCUCCUUGUGGUAUUUCAGGUAUGGAUGCUGUGAAUUAUGGAAAAGUGGAAGAAGUAGCUAAUGUUGAUCAAGAAGAAAUUAGCGAAGAAGGUGUCGACAUUAAUAAGGAAACUUUAAAGAAUAAAUCUGUACUUGCUUCAUUAUUUGAUAAGUUUGACUUCGAUAAACCAGUUGAAGUAGAAGAAGAUACUCUUGGUAUAGAUAAAGAAGAUAUUAUCUUUGAUAGUAAAGGUAGAAGAAAGGUAAAGAGAUAUGAUUAUGAAGUUGAAGGUGGAGAAAAUGAUGACAAUGAAGACGACGAGGAAGAUGAAUUUAAAGUUGAUGUCGUUAAAGCGGAUGAGAUUAUUAAAACGUUUACUGAAACUCACGAAAGACCAAAGGAUAUAGUAUAUUAUUCUGAAGAUGAUGAAGGUAAUGAUCUUGAUUUGGAUUUAUUGGGUCAACAAUAUACCACGGAGGCUAUUAAUAAAAAGUAUAAUGCUGAACAUGAUUUUGAAGUUGUGAAGAAUGAGCCAGCCAAAGAGCCGGAGAAUGAAGCCGAAGGUGAGUUCGAAGGUGAUGUUGAAGAUGCCAUUGAGGAAGAUGAAGAAGAAGACAAUGAUGUAAAAGAAGUAGUUGACAACGAAGUUGAAAGUGAUUCUGAUAUUGAAGAAGAAGAAGAGGUAGAUGAGGUAGAAGACAAAGAGGAAGAUGAAGAGGAAAUCGAGGAGGAAGUUACAGUAGAUGAGCUGGUAGAAGAUGAAAAAGACGACCAAGAAGAAGAAGAUGAAGAAGAAAAUGACGAAGAAGAAGAAGAGGAAGAAGAAGAAGAAGAGGAAGAAGAGGAAGAAGAGGAAGAAGAGGAAGAAGAAGAAGAAGAGGAGGAGGAGGAUAAAGAACAAGAACAAGACUCAUCUGAAGAUGAAUUCAUACCUACAUUUGGAUCAACUACACCUAAAAUCAACGAUACCGAGACUUUAAGAUCCCUUUUCAAUCCAUCAUCCACCACCACUGCCAAAAUCACCAGUGAUAAUACCAAUACUGGAUUUAAAUUAGCUCUUUCUGAAGAUGAUGAAGAUAUAGAUGAAUCCAAAGAUAUCGACAUAACCAAUCAACUUGAAUUAUUAAAUCAAAUUAAAUUAAAACAACAAGAACAAUUACAAAAACAACAAUCACUUAAUAAGAAAGUUGGCUUAUUCUGGGGUCAUUUUGAUUCACCAUAUUUACAAACCCAAUCUCAACUUAAUAAGAUUGGGAAUACAAAUGAAGUGGUUAAAUUACCGGGUGAAUCUGAAUUAGAUGCUAGUAAGGAUGAAGGUGCUGAAGUUCACCAUAAAGACAAAGAAGUACAAGCAGACGAAGAAGAGACAUUAUACGAGAAAUGGUUUUGGAAUAUGAGAGGUGAAUUAUCAAGAGAAUGUAAAAGACGUAGAAGAGAUGUUCUUAGAGCCUUUAAGAAGAAAUCAAGAAAAGUAUCAACUAUAUAGAGACUCUAACUUAAUAUAUACAUAUUGCAUUAAAUUUAAACGAUGACAGUGAAAUUUCAAUUGUCAAUUUGUACCAGCGAGUGGCGAGUGCAAA